CAAAAAGAGAUGUUGAUACAUUUAUUCCACAUUUUCACUCAUACUUUCUACAAUUGCAUUUAUAAACCAAAGGUUCCCACAAAGCUUAAGAAUUGUUCUCUAUGAUUGAUUUCAUCCCCUUCCAUAUAUGUUUGGGAAUAGUUCUCAAAUUUGUUUGUGAUUUUUUUUCUUACUUUGCUAAUUUAAAAAUUAAAUUGAGAAGGGUAAAUAUUAAAAACGUUAUUUUGACCCCAACCACAACAACAAAGACAUUUUGGCCUCUAAAAACAGAAAUUGUCAAAAGUUGGACAAAAUAGUUUAUAUAUUUUUGUAGCAGCAGAAUGACAUUGAAGCUUUGUUCAUUGACUCCUAAUAGACGAGAUGAAGAUACACCUAAGAAUUUUGUAUAAACAUUCCUUUAUGUUAAUCCCAAUAUGAUAAUUAAUCCAGAUUAGAGUUUGAUUAAGUAAGGGUAUGUAAGCUCGUUAAAUACAAGCACACUAUGUGAAACAUUCUUCUUGAAACCUGAAAUCAAUGGGUCCAACAUAUGUGUACGUAUGACUUACCACUGGACCACAUCUGCUGGAUUUCAUUAACACAACAUCAAAUUCAGUUAUAUAGAAUCUGAUAUAUAAGAUAAUGCUAUUUUCUUAAUCUCUCUAUAAUAUGUCUCCCUUGCAUUUAAUUGAGUUACUUAUCAGUGAUCACUGAUCACCUUUAUAUGCAUGCCAUCACUCGAAAUGUUAUAUAUGCAAAACCAUCUGAAACCCAUUUGAAAUAUAAUGGAACCAAACUGUAAAACUACAUGAUGAGUUUGUAAAUUAUGUGUAAACACGCAUAAAUAGCUUUUAUGUUUGAAGCUAAAGUAUUUACCGACCACGAUUGAGACAGUAUAAUUGACAAUUUGUAGCGUCAUUUGCUUUAUUAUGUUAUCCAAACUAAUGUAGUUCAUCUAAAUCAUUCAAUAAGAAUGCCCGAAACUAUAUUUCACAAAAGUGUUGCAAAAUCAAAUUAAAGAUUAACAACUGGCAUUGAAUAUACUGUAAAAAUGUUUAAUAUUAAUUAUGUUUAUAGAAGUGAGUUGUGAUUAAUUAAAACAGGAAUAAUAAGUAAAUAUUUUUUACUAGUCCUAUAUUUAUAUAUAGUGUAAAAAAGAAGAACAUGAUUGUACAUCGUAUAUACCCACUAAGUAAUGUGUCAAAGUGGGGACAAACAUUGAAAAAGCUGGGAUUCAACUUUUGCUAGAAUGAUUACCAUCACUAACAUAUAUACAACUUUGAACCUGGCCACUAAUCUCAUAAUUGAAAUAUAACUACUGCCUAAAAAUAUACUAAAUUAAGUUACUUAUAUAUUUAAUUAUAUAUGCUAAGUCCUUCUCUGUAUCUAAUUUUGCAAAAAUAUUGCCGUGACCUCUUCUUUAUAGAUUGUAAUCUUCGUUUUGUUUGUUUGAAUAUCAUAUAUUCAAAAGAAUACGUCUGUGUAUCAAGAUAGUUAAAAAUUAUCUUCUUUCAACAAAUUUAUAAUUUAAAUUAUUAAUACUAAUUAUUUCAGGAGGUUCUAUGAUUUUUUAUAGUUCGGGCCUAGGGGAAUGGAAAUAUAAUUACAAUUUUAAUGUGCCAAAACAAUUAAUCUCAAGCAUUUACUUUUGUUUUUAGUUAGAGACCAUUUAAAUGCGCGAAGGGUGGAAAUUAACCCAUUUCUAAAGGAUGAAAAUAAAUUAAAAUUUUAUGAUUUUAAAGAUUUUUGUGAACGAACAGUAGCUUGAAAAAUCUCCACAUAAUUAAAAAGAGAAGAACCGUAUAUGAAUAAAUAAAAGACGUUUUUUUAAACACAAAUAAAAGACGUUUCGAAAUUAAUUUCAUUAUUUUGGUUUGGGAAAAUAUAUGAACUUGCCGAAAAUAAAAUAAAAAUCACAACUAGUGACCAAAAGUCCAUAAUUCACAACGUGCUCUUUUGCGAGCUUUAUUUCGGAGACCAGUAUCAAUAACCCAAUGGGCCUUCACGUGCUCUGAAAUAGGUAGGUGGUGGAUUGGAGCAGUGUAGCUCUCUUUUCUUUCAGCCGAAGCGUGGGCAGUGCAUUUUGCUGUUAGGCUGCGGCUUGAAGAUUUAGUGAGCUUCAUGUCCGAUCGGAUUAUAAAUCCAUGAUCAAUGUGAUUGAUGAGUAUAACUCUAAUCAUGAGUUCCAUGGGGUUUCUAUAAUAAUAGGUUUUCUAAUUAUUUGUUAAAAAAUAAAGAUUUAAGAAUUUUAUUUUUAGACCUUUUUUCAAAUGGCAUGAUCUAUAUUUUAGGGAGGAUCUCAAUUUUACAUUCUCCGUUAAUUAGGCAGACAAAACUCUACACAUGAAGUUUUAGUAAACAUAUCAGAAUUACAAAUAGAGUAUCAUAUCCAAACCCAUUUUCUUACUCCGUUUUGUUAUGUAGAAGUGGAAUAGUCUAAAAGUCUAAUAAAAUAGUAAACCAAUUGUCUUUUCUAAGAAAAUGAAAAGAGAACCACAUGCUUAUAUAGACUCGAAUCAAAGACCUCAAACGUAAAAUAGUCAUUGAAAACUUUACUUCCUUAGAACCUCCAAAACCAACAUUUUCUUUAACUUGAAACAUCUUCACUUUCCAAUCUGAUUUACAAACCUAAAAACUUGAUACCAAAAAGCAAAAACAAAAACAAAAUGAUGCUUCUAUUCAAACCGUCUACGGCCCAUGCAAAAAGGUCAAAACCACGUCCAUACCAAAGCUUCUCCGAAUCUCUAUUGUUGGAUAGUAUUGAAGCAACAGAAUCUUUCACCAAGAAAUGGAUAUCUCAAGAUCACCUCUCCGCUUGCUCCUCGUGCACACUCUCCUCCAUUUUCUCCACCGAAAACCGCGUCGAAGGAAGAAAAUUCGUGGACGUUAUAAACAGCUUACAAUACGCUAUCCAAGGAGUAACGCUGGUGAACCCCGAGUCACACAAGCUCACGAGAGCGCAUAAUCUCCUCAGCACCGCGAUGAAACACUUGGAGAAAGAGUUCUACCGAGUCCUAAAAUCGAACCGACGAAACCUCGAUCCAGAAUCAGUCUCCAUUAGAUCCAUCCCAUCGUUCAACCCUAGGAAAAAAGUUUCUAUUUAUUCAAACGUUCCGAAAUCCGAAGAGGCGGAUAUCAUGACCGAUCUCCAAAUGAUCGCUGACUGUAUGAUAUCUUCUGGUUUCGAGAACGAGUGCGUUAGAACCUACAAGAAGAUAAGAAGGUCGAUCAUCGUUGACUCCUUGAGCAAGUUAGGGUUUGAGAAUCUUAGUUUUGGAAAGAUUCAGAAACUAGAUUGGGAGAGCAUGGAGAAAAACAUAAAAAAAUGGUUAGAAGCUACCAAGAUUGUGAUAAAUAAUCUCUUCGACGGAGAACGCAUCUUAUGCGACCAUGUUUUCUCCACGUCACCCUCCGUUGCCGAGUCUUGCUUCUCCGAGAUCACGCUCGAUAGUGCGUUGACUCUCUUCAUAUUCCCCGUGAGCGUCGCGAGGUGCCGCAAGACCGCCGAGAAGAUCUUCUUGACUCUCGACGUUUACCAAACAAUCUCUAACCUUCUUCCACGUAUAGAAGAGAUCUUCAGCUACGACUCGACUUCUGCCGUUAGGUUCCAAGCCGCCGACUCGUUGAGGAGCCUCGGCGAAACUAUUAACUACAUGGUGGCCGAGUUCGAAGCCUCCAUCGCCAAAGAGGCUUCGAAGUCAGUGAUACCUGGCGGCGGAGUUCAUCCGCUGACCAGGUACGUGAUGAACUUUGUUGUGUUCUUGGCUGACUACAACGAGUCUCUCGCCGGAGUUCUCACGGAGUCGGACCUACCUUUACCGGAAGAUUACUUCGGCGGCGACAAGAGCGACGUCGGAGAGACUGCUUCCACGGUGACGACCAGGCUCGGGUGGCUGAUCCUCGUCUUGCUUUGUAAGAUCGACACGAAGUCUCGCAUAUACGAGAAUGUGGCUCUAUCAUAUCUUUUCUUAGCGAACAAUCUUCAUUACGUGAUCUCCAAGGUGCGCAAGUCGAAUCUGAGAGUCGUCUUGGGAGACGAGUGGGUGGCGAAUCACCAAGCGAAGGUGUGUCAGUACCUGGAGAAGUACGAGAAGGUGGCUUGGGGAGAAGUGCUGACGUCGCUCUCCGAUGAUGGGACGGUGGUGCUUGAAGAUAACGUGGCGAAAGAGCGGUUGAAGCGGUUCAACGAGGCGUUUGAGGAAGCGUUUCGGAAGCAGAGCGGUUGGGUCGUGCCGGAUUCGAAAAUGAGAGAGGGUUUGAAAGAUUCCGUGGCGAAGAAGCUAACUUAUGUUGCUUCGUUGUUUUAUGAAAAGUACAACGUGGAGACUUGGGAGGAUAUUGUUAGAUACGUCCCUAAGGAUUUGGGUAAUUACCUUUCAGACCUUUAUUUAGGUACGGGAAAGACUUGUACUAAUGUUCCUUCAUUCAAACCUACCGAAUCGGGACGUUCACAGCUUUUCGAAUCGGGGCAUUGAAAAGUAUUGGAGGAAGUGGUGUUUGUGUAAAUAUUAUACAUUUAAGGUUAUAGUGAUGAAAGAUUGAUCGAUCGUCGUUGGACACGUGAAGCCCUGUGAUUGCUUAGCAAAGAAUGUUUUAUCGUUUCUACCUCGUUGUAAGUAUGUGAUUGACCGAUAUUUGUAUAGUGUGACUUUUGGAAACGUUUUAUAGCCCUCAAAAACGUAAAAGCCCAGCUUAAUUAGAAGAGAUAUUCUUCAUGUAAGCCUAUUAGAUUUGUGGCUAUAACUCAUUGUUUUUUGUUAUCAACAUUCUGUCUGUGUAAUGAACGAAGAUCUGUGAAAAGGAUCAUAUUACAAUUAUCAUUGACUUUCAAGCUAGUAUUUUACUUUUACUAUUACUAGCAAAAGUUAAAGAGAAGGAAAAAGAGGACAUGGUCAAGAGUCCAAGUGAAUCAUUGAGAAUACCGUCAUUUCUUCAUAUAUACCCCCGUUCUAAAACGCGGCCGCCGCGACCGGAUUUGCGGCGUUUACACGCUCGGCGGGGAACCACCGCGUCGAUUUGGUCCAAAUCGGACAAUUAGGAGUUUUUUUUUAAAAAGCUUCGUUUUGGUCAUUCUAAAGUUCCAAAUCGUUUAAGAUAUGAUUAAUCUGCUUGUACAAAGUGUAAAUCGUGGUUGAAACGUCAAAACAAGUGAAGAAAAUGUAUAUGAAAUCAUUGGCGGCCGCACAAAACAUUUGCAGAAACCCUAAGAAAUAAGAAUGAAGAAGACGAAGGCUUAUUACAAAAAUGCCCUUCAAUAAAUAAAUAGUGAAAAUAAACAAAAAUGAGCCAAGGGGCACUCGAAGUCAAGACCUGAUGGAGUGUAAUAUCAAGGAAACUGCCACCAGACAACGCUACUAUCACUGAUAACCAUUACAAAACUUUUUAUAUAUAUAAAUAUAUAAAUUUUUAUUAAAAACUAGACCCCGCGUACUCCCCGAUUACUCCCCGAUUUUUUUGCAACUCGCUAGGCGUAGACUAACCGUCCGACUAACGCCUAGCGUAAUUCCGAACAGGGAUAUAUACUGAUAAAGAAAACGGAUAAACAAAUGUAUUGUAUUCUAUCUUUAAUUAACUCAGACAAAAGAAAGAAUAUGUUUUAAAGAAAACGCAGGUUAAUCUGUUUAAUG